CAGAGUCAUCCACAUCAACAGGAAUGGCUGGCACACACUCCUCAACUUCCUGUUUCACACAGGACUGACGUUUGGGCUUUUUGCUGGAGGCAUCAAUCAGAUCAACGUCACAUUUGUUUGUCAGAUUGUUGGCAUCAUGCUUCAUUAUGCUUCGCUGUCAACUAUGCUGUGGCUCACAUUUACUGCCAGAAACAUUUGUAAAGAUGUGUCCAAGGAUCCGCUUCAGGCCCAGGAUAGGAAAGGACCGGCCCAGACACACUCCAAACCAACCAUCCUGAGGUUUUAUCUUGUCAGUGAUGGAAUCCCUCUAAUCAUUGUUGGAGUUACAGCAGCGUUUGAUUUAAAGAACUACGGCAGCAGGGAUGAUGCGUUGUAUUGCUGGAUGGCCUGGGAGCCAAGCCUUGGYGGCUUUUAUGCUCCAGUGGGUCUCCUAGUCUUGAUCAUGUUUAUGUACUUCUUGUACACCUACAUCCAGCUGAAACAGCACCCUGAGAGGAGGUACGAGCUGUGCGCUCUUCAUGAGGAUGAACAGCAGCCGUCAUCUGCUGAUGGCCAGCCCGGCAGGGGAGGGGUACUGUCAGGAACUGCUGGAAACUGUCUACCGUGUCCUGCUGGGGUGUCCGUACUGGCCAACGAACAUUCAUUUAAAUCCCAGCUACGGGCCACAGCCUUUACCCUUUUUCUGUUCGUGGCUACCUGGACCUUAGGAGCAUUAGCAGUCUCACUGGGACAUUUCCUGGAUAUGAUAUUCAGCUGCCUGUAUGGGGCUUUUUGUGUGACUCUAGGGCUUUUUCUUCUCAUUCAGCACUGUGCCAAACGUGACGAUGUGUGGAAUCGAUGGUGGGCUUGUUGCCCAUCCAAAGCCAAGACAGAGGGUGGGAAUCCUGAGGGCCAGAGUCAGAGGCAGGAACCCCACCAGCCACACUGCCACCUUAGUUCACCUUGCUCAGGCAAGCAGCCGCUUCUUUCUUCCCAUUUCUUGCAGAGUUCUUUUGACAAAAUGACACCACCUCCUUUAAGUCCGACUCCCAGCAACGCAAGUCCAUGUUGUGUAGCCGUAAUGAGUUCUGCAUCUCCCAUCUCACCUCUCACUGAGCCCUCAUCAYGUCCACAUACACUCCCCGAUGAUCUGCCUCGUCCAGUUCUUCCUCUACAGAGCUGCCUUACCGACAGAAAAAAGUCCUGCUCCUUUAACCGUCCCCGUCCAUGUCUUCAGAAUUACCGCUCACACGUGGCUUCCUCUAGCAUGGAUGGAAGUGUGCUCAGCUCCCACUUGGGCAGCCAGCAGGCGGUACACCACCCUGAAGAGCCGGUUGCCAAAAGCCCACGGCCAGAUCUCCAGCUGCCUUGUGUCAGCCCUCAGUUGGAGAAACAAAUGUCUUCCUGCUACACCUUGCAACGUCAAAUGUCUUGCCACAGCAUACAGAAUUCAGUGACUCCCUAUAGUCAUGCCCACAACCUGAAUGAUAGCAUGACUUCCUGUCACAGUCUCCUCAUGCCAUCUCAAGGGGUCAGUUCCCAUCAAUGGCACAUGUACGGCUCCUCCAGUCCUUCCUGCUGUGAGAAACCAGAUUCCCUGACCCCGCAAUAUCAGCAAGAUCCCAAACUUUACUUGUCAAAGACAGAAGACAAAGGAAUGGAUAAUCAGUAUCUAAAUGUGGAGCAGAGAGGUUUCCCAAGAAACACCCUGCCUCGGCAGCACGCCACCGUCAGCCGCCGAGGAGCCAUCGGUCGAAACAGGAGUCUGCAAGAAGACGGCUUGUUUGGUUCAGACGGCACAGGAAAYAUACGGACUGGUCCGUGGAAAAAUGAAACCACAGUAUAGUUUCUGAUCAGCCUGGAGCAGCAGUCUUGUAAUCACAGAUAACUUUUUAAGYGUUUGGGUGUUUCUGCCUUCGAAUUUGCCCUUAAACCACCGUGACUUUUAAGAUCCUAACACUACUUCAGAUCCCUUUAUGAGAAAAUAACUUUAGGAAUCGAUAUUGUGCUUCAUGACAUUUAAGGUUCCAACUAGUAUUGUAUUGCUCUGCCAGGACACUGUGUUUAGCAAUGCCAGAGGAAAACAAACAGACCCUAUUAAAUCACAUCACUUCCUGUAA